CAUUGCAUACAAGAGCUAGAGAUGAUUUACACUUUUCUUGGAGUUUUCUUUGAAGAAAUAUCUGAUCAUCAUUAAUGUCUAAUUAGAGCUAAGACUCCCACCACAACUCAAUCCAAGAGGAAUUUUGUCUUUUUUCUAGUCUACCCUCCCAAGUUCAAGUACGCAGAGGGAUCGGAAGAUUCAUAAGACGAUCUGUAUGUAUAUCAUGAAAUUCAUACCUACUAGUAGCCUCGAAUGUCAAUAGAGAUUCUUCAACUGCCUACUCAUGAACUUCUGUUGAGAUGAGCACAUCAGAGCAUCAAUUAUGAUUUACAUAAAUAAAUGGUCAUGGGAUUGCAUACGAGGAUGAUGAGACUGCAUCCGUAUUAGUUAAUCAUUCGAUCAUAAGUUGCGAAUGUCAAUGCCAUCCACUGCCCAUCUCAAUCUCACAGCAUUAUGUAGAGAAGGUCGGUUGAAAGAGGUGCUACACUUUCUGCUUACUACACACAAACCCACUUCAGACUCGCGUACAUAUCUUCAACUAUUGCAGCUUUGUAUUGCCAAGAAUUCGCUUCCAGAAGGCAAACAAGUUCAUUCUCUCAUCACAGACAAUGGAUUCGCAUUUGCUGCAAGCACAUUUUUUCAAAAUAAGCUUAUCAACAUGUAUGUCAAGUGCGGGAGUUUGGUGGAUGGUCGUAAAGUCUUUGACGACAUGAUAGAACGAGACAGCGUCUCAUGGAAUGGUGUCAUUGCAGGCUACAGAAGACAUGGAUAUCCUCAAGAAGUAUUGGCUCUGUUUCAUCAAAUGCAACGAACAGGGGUUCAACCUGAUCAGCUCACCUUUGCCAGCGUAGUUUCUGCCUGUGCCGAAAUAAGAGCUUUGGAAAAGGGUAUGGACAUCCAUCAAAUCAUAAUGGAAAUGGGGUUUUUAUCAGAUGUUGUAGUUGCAAGUGCUCUGCUAGACAUGUACGUAAAAUGGGGAAGCGUACAGAAAGCACGUGAAUUGUUUGACAAAAUGCCUCAACGAAAUGUGGUUUCAUGGAAUUCCAUGAUUACUGGAUAUACACAGAAUGGUGCUUUGGACCAGGCUUUAAGUCUUCUCAAAGAAAUGCCUCGAUCAGAUGUGGUCUCUUGGAAUGCCAUGGUUGCAGGGUAUACACAAAACGGGUUCGCUGAGGAGGCUUUGGAAGCAUUUAAGCAAAUGCAAUUGGCAGGUUUAAAGCCAAAUGCUACGACAUUUGCCAGCAUCCUCCCAGCCUAUGCCAAAAAGGGAUCUUUGGAACAGGGUAUGGCUAUCCAUCAAAGUAUAAUUGAGAGCGGAUUGUCAUCAGAUGUUAUAGUUGCAAGUGCCCUGUUAGACAUGUAUGCCAAACGUGGAUUCAUAAACAAAGCGUGUAAACUGUUUGACAAAAUGUCUCAGCGAAACGUGAUCUCUUGGACUGCAAUGGUUUCUGGAUAUGCACACAAUGGAUUUUCUGAAGAGGCCUUGGAAAGUUUUAAGCAAAUGCAAUUGGUAGGCGUGAAGCCAAACUCCACAACCUUCGCAAGCAUCCUCUCAACUUCUGCCAAAGUGGUAGAUUUGGAACAGGGGAGGGAAAUCCAUCAAAGAUUAAUUGAAAGCGGAUAUUUGUCAGAUGUGGUAGUUUUGAAUGCAUUGAUAGAUAUGUAUGCAAAAUAUGGAAGCAUAUUGAAGGCACGGGAACUGUUUGACAAAAUGUUUCAACGAAAUGUGGUUUCAUGGACUGCGUUGAUAUCAGGUUAUGCAAAAAAUGGGCUUGUUGAAAAAGCCUUGGAGACUUUUAAGCAGAUGCAAUCGGCAGGUGUAAAGCCAAACUCCGCGACCAUUGCCAGCAUCCUCCCAGCAUGUGCCAAAAUAGGAGCUUUAGAACAGGGUAUGAACAUCCAUCAAAGCAUAAUCGAAGGUGGAUUUUUGGCAGAUGUCGUAGUUGUGAACGCGCUGAUAGACAUGUAUGCAAAAUGUGGAAGCAUGCAGAAGGCAGUUAAAUUGUUUGAUAAAACUUCUCAACGAGAUGUCAUCUCUUGGACCGCAAUGAUUGCAGGAUAUGCACAAAAUGGGCUUGUUGAAAAGGCCUUGGAGACUUUUAGGCAAAUGGAAUUGGCAGGUGUAAAGCCAAACUCAACAACCUUUGCCAGCAUCCUUCCCGCCUGUGCCAAAAUGGGAGCUUUGGAGCAGGGUAUGGACAUCCAUCAAAGCAUAAUUGAAAUUGGAUUAUUAUCAGAUGUUGUAGUUGUUAAUGCCUUGAUAGACAUGUAUGCAAAGUGUGGAAGCAUACAGAAGGCACAUGAACUCUUUGACAAAAUGUCUCAACGAGAUGUGGUAUCAUGGACUGCAUUGAUUGCAGGCCAUGCAGGUUUAGUGGACGAGGGCUGCAAAUACUUUAAUGGCGUGAGUGACUCUUAUUGCAUUACACCUAUAAUUGAUCAUUAUGUGUGCAUGGUUGAUCUUCUUGCCCGUGCUGGCAAUCUCGAGGAAACUCUAAAUUUUAUUAUCAAAAUGCCAACUAAACCUGAGGUGGUUGUGUGGAUAUGUUUGCUUGAUGCCUGUAGAUCACAUAAGAACAUAGGAUUAGGAGUAUUUACAACUAAUAUUCUUUCUGAGCUGGACCCCAAGAAUGCUGCAACAUACGUUCUUAUGUCCAACAUCUAUGCAGAGGUGGGCAAGUGGGAUGAAGUUCAAAAGGUAAGAAGACUGAUGAAAGAUAAAAGAAUUAAAAAGAUACCUGGAUGUAGCUGGAUUGAAGUUCAUAAAAUGGUACAUGCAUUUUGUGUAGGAGACACAUAACACUGUAGAAAUAUGCACAUUUGAAGAAAUUGUUUUGGGAGAUGAAGGCAGCAGGCUAUUUUCCAGAUUCAAGACACCCGUUGAAGGAUGUGGAGGAAAAUAACCAUGCAUCGUCCUUCAUGGUGAGAGGUUGGCAAUUGUAUCUGGAUUGUUAAGCACAUCCCCUGGAACAACUAUUAGAGUUGUCUAGAACCUGUUGACUGCCACACCGUGUUUAAAUUUAUCUCCAAGAUUGUUGCAAGACAAAAUUGCUGGGAGAGACUCUUUCAGAUAAAGACAAUAUUAUUGUGAUGAUAAGGGGCAAUGCGAAGCGAAGCAACCUGUAUGCACAGGUCUGCACUAUGACAAGGUGCAUUGUUUUAGACCUGCAGUGGUAAAAAGGGAUCGGAUUUUAUUUUGAGUUUCUAACGAGUGUGUUGUGUUUGGACAUCUAGAUUAUACCGUUGACAUAAUAAAAUUAGAUGAAUAAAAUGCAAUGUGCACCACUGCCUACAUGUACUGAUCGGGUAUUUGUUAAAACCCUGUUUUACAAUACCAUAGAAGUGACAUGACAUUUUAACUGUUUUUCAAGAGCUCUGCAAUGAAAAGGUGGAAUAUGGUGUGGAGAAUAGGCAAGGAACGCCUAAAGGAAAUAGAGAGAUUCUUGGCUAACAGCAUGAAAUGUGAGAACAGGGCUUACAAUCAAUUGAAUAAUUGAAUUUGAGGAGAAAGACUAUCUUGUAGUUAUUCACUUCAACCUUUGUUCUUUGUUCUUCAUUAAUUGCACGUCUUAUGUCUAUGACAGUAUUGCCAUUUGGGAUCAGAAACACACAGCAGGUUAUGUAUGCUAAUGUACACAUAUUCAUGUGGAUUUUGUCCCGUUUAUGCCAAAAGCUUUCUAACUUUGCUCCACUUCAGUUGGCCUUCUCAAAGUGCGUGCUUUUAGUUACAAGUAUGUUUUUAGAAUUUAUACAGGAAUCUUGACUAACAGUAUGACACAUUUUACAAUGAACCAUAAAACGUCUUUGAAUGAGGACAAUGCAACCAAAAUGAAAUGCCCAUGUUGGUAAGUUGCUUUUGACAAUUUAUGAUUGUAUAAAAAAUUAUUUUAAUAUCAGCAAAUCGACAUGGGAGUU